AUGGAGUACUUUGAUGAGUUUGACCAGCCAAGUCCGAACGUCUUGAACGUGCCCUUCAGCCCUGGAUCCGUCAAAUCGAGCUGCAAAUGCUCCGAUUUUUCUCUCAAAGCAUCGUCGAAAGGGGAAAAUAUCGGAUGCACACUACGCUCAUCCUCUGAUGAUCUCCUAAAAGGAGUCUUGCAGCCAUCGUUUUCUGUUCCAUCGUCGUAUUCCUUCGAUGGAAGGACCUUCCAACUCGACGUGAAGAAAGACAUCAACGGAUUCUUAAAGCUGAACCAUGUUGUUUCUUUUGUUCCGGAAACGAGCAAAUUUGGCAACGCAACGAGAUUAGAGCUAAUUUCUUCCUAUCUAAGAGGAUCAGCCAACAUUGACUACAGCGCGCCCAGAGAAGCCAAAAUCAACUUGAAGGGGAUUUACGGCGACGCUUCCGCCCAGCUCAAUGGCAAGCUCUUCCAGCCGCGGAAUUUAAAAUAUACACUCAACCCAACGAAGAAUGUAUCGCUCGAGACCGACUUCAACAAGUUUAAAAUUGGAUUAAUUCAGGCCGGUGAAACAGCAGAGGGAGGAAUCGAGUACGGCUGGUCAAAGGGAAAUUCCUCGCAUAGUCUCGUUCUGGCGGUGAAAAAGCGACUACCGAAAGCUGAUCUUUAUGCGAAAGUCGACCACAACGGAGAAGUUUCUUUUGCCCAGACCGCGUUUCUGGACCUUGGAACUUUGGAAAAGAUCAAAUGCACAAUCGGAUGUCAAUUCAACGCUCUGCAAUGGCAAGCGCCUCGAUUUGGCGUCAACUUUGACCUAAAUUUCUAA